CCCCGCCCCGCAGGCGCGAAAACGUCUUUGGGCCGCGCCGCGCUCUGUUUGACGUACCUGUAACCCGCCUUCCGGAAGGAAGCCGGAGCGGCUGAGCAUGGCGACUGCCGCGGAGCAGUGGGUGCUGGUGGAGAUGGUACAGGCGCUCUACGAGGCUCCUGCUUACCAUCUUAUCUUGGAAGGAAUUCUAAUACUCUGGAUAAUCAGACUUCUUUUCUCUAAAACUUACAAAUUACAAGAACGAUCUGAUCUUACAGCCAAGGAAAAGGAAGAAUUGAUUGAAGAGUGGCAACCAGAACCUCUUGUUCCUCCUAUCACAAAAGACCAUCCUGCUCUCAACUACAACAUUGUUUCAGGCCCACCAAGCCACAACAUUGUGGUAAAUGGAAAAGAAUGUAUCAACUUUGCCUCAUUUAAUUUUCUUGGAUUGUUGGAUAACCCUAGGGUCAAGGCAGCAGCUUUGGCAUCUCUAAAGAAGUACGGUGUGGGGACUUGUGGACCUAGGGGAUUUUAUGGCACAUUCGAUGUGCAUUUGGACUUGGAGGACCGCCUAGCAAAAUUUAUGAAGACAGAAGAAGCCAUUAUCUACUCAUAUGGCUUUGCCACCAUAGCCAGCGCCAUUCCUGCUUAUUCUAAGAGAGGGGACAUCGUGUUUGUAGAUAGAGCAGCCUGCUUUGCUAUUCAGAAAGGAUUACAGGCAUCACGUAGUGACAUUAAGUUAUUUAAGCAUAACGAUAUGGCUGACCUGGAGCGACUGCUGAAAGAACAAGAGAUCGAAGAUCAAAAGAAUCCUCGCAAGGCUCGUGUAACUCGACGCUUCAUUGUAGCCGAAGGAUUGUACAUGAAUACUGGAACUAUUUGUCCUCUUCCAGAAUUGGUUAAGUUAAAAUACAAAUACAAAGCCAGGAUCUUCCUGGAGGAGAGCCUUUCAUUUGGAGUCCUGGGAGAGCAUGGCCGAGGAGUCACUGAACAUUUUGGAAUCAAUAUCGACGACAUUGAUCUUAUCAGUGCCAACAUGGAGAAUUCACUUGCUUCUAUUGGGGGUUUCUGCUGUGGCAGGUCGUUCGUAAUUGACCAUCAGCGACUCUCCGGCCAGGGGUACUGCUUCUCAGCUUCGCUGCCUCCCCUGUUAGCUGCCGCUGCGAUUGAGGCACUCAACAUCAUGGAGGAGAAUCCAGGUAUUUUUGCAGUGUUGAAGGAAAAGUGCAAACGAAUUCAUAAAGCUUUACAAGGCAUUUCUGGAUUAAAAGUGGUGGGGGAGGCCCUUUCUCCAGCAUUUCACCUGCAACUAGAAGAAAGCACUAGGUCAAGAGAAAAGGAUGUUAAACUACUUCAGGAAAUUGUUAAUCAAUGCAUGAACAGGGGCAUCGCGCUGACCCAGGCACGCUACCUGGAGAAGGAAGAGAAGUGCCUCCCUCCUCCAAGCAUUAGAGUUGUGGUCACAGUGGAACAAACGGAAGAGGAACUGGAGAAAGCUGCUUCCACGAUCAAGGAGGUGGCCCAGACAGUCCUGCUGUAGUCAGCCCCGGCCUGGGGGCCACACGAGGUGUGGACAGGCCAGUGUCGGCCAGUGUCGCUGGGAGUGGCGGCGAGGGGCCAUCUCGGAGACUGCGUCGCUGCCAGGUGCUGUGGGUGUGGACUUGCUGUGUGACCAGGAGUAGGAUGCUGGUUAUUUUUACAAAGAACACAUCUGACGGCCCAGGAGCUGAUUUUUUUAAAAAAGGAAAACUAAUGACAGCAUAUAACUGGUAUUUAAAUUGUGCUGUUUAGUACUGUUUAAAUGUUUUAUUAUACUACUAUUUUAUAUUCUUUGUUGUUGUUGUUUAAAAAUGGAGCUUCAUUUUAUCUUCUCUCCCCUCUACUAGUGAAGGUUCUGUAAGCACUCCUUAAGAUUUCAUAGAAAACAGCUGCGGCAUUGCCGCUUAGAGGGGCACUUCAGCGUUCGGGACACAAACUAUCGUAUCAUGAAGGCCUGAUUCAGCCACGUCUUUUUUCAGUCUUCAUUGGGUGAAGCUCAGUGGUGGCUAAUAUAUAAAGGAACACUUUUUGUGCAAUUAUUAUCAACUUUUCAUUAUAAUAUAUUUGAAUCCUAGAAUUUUUAUAUCCACUAAAUAUUGGCGUUACACCAUUUCUAACAGCUAAUCUUAGCACCCCUAACCAGAGAGUAGUCAUUAUACUUCCUAAGUGAGCAAUAAUUUAGAUCUGAUACUCUUUUAUGUUAAUACAAUUGACCUUUACAUUUAUUGUGUGUUGAAUUCUAAUCUGUUUUAGGAAGAGGGUUAUUGUGAUGAUCCCAAGAUAUAAAUCAUCCUCAAUAUCUUAGACUAUCCGAAUGUAUUCCUUUUCUGUAUAGUGGGUUUGCCUAAGGACAUAGAACCACAGGCUUUCUCUAAGCUAAGGAAAAUAAGAGGGUUUUUUUCUUUUCAGCUUAUUAAUUCCAAAUAUGCAAAAAUGAUCUAAAGCACUAAAAAUAAAAAUUUUACUGUACUUUAGCUGUUUUUUUCCUUUAGCAAACCAUGUUAGGUUGCAUAAUGUCUGUGAUAUGUGCCACCGGACGUCGCAUAAAUAUUACACCAUUAUUCCUUUUCUUAUUAAAGAAAAGGUAAAGGAAUAAAAUUGCUUUAAAGAUG